AUGUCUUACUAUAUAAGGCUCAUAAAGUUGGAUGAGAAGGGCCCAAGUACACUGUUGGAUAUUUCCAUACAGAGUCUCCUGAGUAAUGAGCCCGCAGCAAUCUGUGCUCUGGAAGAGAUCCCCAGAACGCUUUUUCUUCCAUUGUUCAAUGCUGCCUUCACAGGUGGGCAUAAGAAGACACUAAUGGCAAUGGUGAAGGUUUGGCCCUUUUACUGUCUCCAUAUUGGGACAUUACAUGUACAAGAGCUGAGCUGUGAAAUCUUGAAAGCCAUGGUUGAUAGCCUUCAAUUCCUUCCUGUCCAGAACUCUAUUUCUCGGAGCCCCAAACUGAGGAUUCUAGAUUUAAGGCAAGACACUGACCAUAGGACUACAUGCCCUGAAAUCACUCCCAAGUCUCCUUCCUGUUUUCAUUCUUGUGUUUAUUCUAAACACUCUAUCCUGAAAAUAGAAGACCAGUACAGUAUUGCAAAUACAAUGUAUAAUACUCAAUUCUCUAGGCAGCCUAUGGAGUUAAUAAUGGAUCUUUCCCUUGAUGGUACCUUAAUGGAAAGGGAAUUUUUGUCUUUGCUUAUGAGUAAAGUUGAACAGAGCUUGGGGUCCUUGCACAUCUGCUGUCGAGAUUUGCAAGUUGAUAAUUAUCUGUUUGCAAGAAGCCUGAAAUUUCUUGAUCUCAAAUGUGUUGACCAACUGGCAGUUGAUCAGAGUUCUCUGAGUGACAUCACUGCCCUUUUGUCUCAUAUGAUCCACUUGGAAAGCCUUAGUCUGUUUAAAAUCAGUUUUAGAUCUCUGAAUGAGAAAGUCUUUAGGACUUUUCUCACUCCCUUGAGACAUAUGAACAACCUUAAAGAGCUCAACUUCUCUUCCUUCUGCUUCAAAGAUAAUCUGAAGAAAGUACUCAGAGUCUUACCACCUGAUUUGGAUUUCUUGUAUCUGCCAUUCUGUGAACUUACUUAUAAAGACUUCAAAUUUCUGUUCCAGAGCCCUCAGGCCAACCACCUAAAGCUAUUGAAUCUUAGUAACCACCCAAUGUAUUGGGAAGAUUGUGAGCCCUUUCAGACACUGCUACAGAAUGUCUCUGGUACUUUGCAGCACCUUGAGAUAAAUCAUUGCCUUUUAACUGAUUCUGUAAUCUCUUCUCUCAUUCCUGCAAUAACUAAGUGUAUCCACCUCCAUAUCCUGGGUUUUGCUUCUAACCCCAUUACAAUGCCUAUGCUGAUUAGAAUUCUGCAGCAAUUAAUACCCAUGAAAGACCCGAAAUAUGUGAUUUAUCCUAUCCCUCUACAUUACUAUGAACAAUGGCAUUUUGAGAACAGUUUAAACCUAUGGAAGCUUGCAGCUGUACAAGCACAUUUGAAAAUGAUGCUAGAGAUGGCACAGCAGAGCGACAUGAAUUGGAUCACUUACUCUGAUUAG